AACACUUGGGCUUUGAAGGAUUCAGUUUGUUUGCAAAUGUAACUCAUAAAGCAAACCCAAAAUUGCAAAUUUGAUAUUCACUAUGAAAGUUCCUUUUUCUUGGAUAUGGGAGUAGAAGUGGAAAAGGUUGAUCAUAAGUAAAUUUUGUAAGAAAGACAGUAGACACGGGAGGAUAAUGGCUCAGUCAUCCGGUAGUAACACUGGAAAGAAGCUUAUUCGAAUUGAUGUCAGUUCAGACAGCGUUUGCCCAUGGUGCUUUGUGGGCAAAAGAAACCUGGACAAAGCAAUUGCUGCAUCCAAGGAUCAAUUUGAUUUUGAGAUAAAAUGGCAUCCAUUUUUUCUUGAUCCUUCUGCACCUAAGGAAGGAGUCAACAAGAGAGAAUUCUAUGAGAGGAAGUUUGGAUCUCGAGCUCAAGGAAUUUUAGCUCGAAUGACGGAGAUUUUUAGGAAUCUUGGAUUGGAAUAUGACAUGUCUGGGCUCACGGGAAACACUCUAGACAGCCACAGGCUGAUAUAUUUUGCUGGAAAACAAGAUCUUGAUAAGCAACAUAAUCUUGUGGAGGAGCUUUUUCUAGGGUACUUCACCCGGGGGAAAUACAUUGGUGAUCGGGAGUUUCUUCUGGAAUCUGCUAGGAAGGUUGGAGUUGAAGGAGCAGCAGAGUUCCUUGAAAACCCUAAUAACGGACUCAAGGAGGUUAAUGAGGAGCUGGAGAAGUACUCGGCAAACAUUUCUGGAGUCCCAAAUUACAUGAUAAACGGAAAGCACCAGUUGAGUGGUGGCCAACCACCUGAAGUGUUCAUGAGAGCUUUUGAAGUGGCAGCAAAAUGACACCUUGAAUCUUAUAUCUUCAAGCUUUGUCACAUGUUACAAAAGCAAUAAGGUGGCUUUCUAACAAACUCAAAUGCCAUAUUAGGUGUUUAUGCUUAUCUGUAUCAGGAGUGUAUUUUGGCAAAAUACCAGUAGUCUUUGCGGUAUCCAAUAGUAGCUUAUAAGUACAUUCUCCCCCUUUCUGUUCUAAAUCCUGCUACCAUCUUUGACAAUAAACACCUACAGUUGGCCAAUACAACGUCCAUGACAUGCCAAAACAGUUAGUAUAUUUCGUAAACAGGUUGUCCCUGAACUUCAAUGUUUUUGUAACUGAUAAGUAUAGAUUGGCUGUAAUAACAGUAAACUUGUUAUAUCAAACACCUCUUGUCAAUUCUUUUCU